GAUUUUCAGUUCAGAGCACUGAAGAAGGUCCGCAUCUUUGAUGCUCCUGAUGAUCUUCCCAAAGAGCGCUCCAGUCUCCUUGCAGUGUCCAACAAAUAUGGGCUGGUCUUUGCUGGUGGAGGAACCAGCCUGCAGAUCUUUCACACGAGGAAUCUCCUCAUGCAAAACCAGCUGGGAGAAGAUCCCAAUGAAAUUGUGGAGAAUGUUGAGAGCACCUUAGUUCCCAUGAAGUUUCCUGUGCAACACCUGGCUCUAAGCUGUGAUAAUCUCACUCUGUCUGUCUGUAUGAUGUCCAGUGAGAUCGGUUCCUUCAUUGGCUUUUUUGAUGUCCGCACAUUCUUAAAUCAGGCAAAACAGCAGAAACGUGCCUUUGCUUAUCACAAACUGGCCAAGGACUCGGGAAGUGCAGCGAUGGUCAAUGACCUGAAGUGGAACCCCGCUAGUCCCGCCAUGGUGGCCAUCUGCCUGUCCGACGGCAGCAUCUCUGUCCUGCAGGUCACGGACUCUGUGAAGGUGUACGCCACGCUGCCUGCCUCCGUGGCGGUUACAUCUGUGUGUUGGAGCCCAAAGGGGAAGCAACUGGCUGUAGGGAGGCAAAAUGGCACCGUGGUGCAAUAUCUGCCUAACCUGCAGGAGAAGAAAGUAAUCCCUUGUCCUCCCUUCUAUGACUCGGACAAUCCUGUUAAAGUUCUGGAUGUACUGUGGAUUGGCACGUAUGUCUUUACUAUUGUGUAUGCAGCGGCUGAUGGGACCCUGGAGACACCUCCAGAAGUGGUCAUAGCCAUAUUGCCUAAAAAGGAAGAGAAGCGACCAGAGAAGUUUGUGAAUUUCAUGGAGCCUUGCUAUGGGAGCUGCACGGAGAGACAGCAUCAUUACUUCCUCAACUAUGUUGAGGAAUGGGAUCUAGUUCUGGCAGCUUCGGCAGCUUCCACAGAAGUCAGCAUUCUUGCCAGGCAAGGGGAUCAGAACUGGGAAUCGUGGGUUUUAGAGGACUCCAGCAGAGCUGAACUACCUGUGACAGAUAAGAGCGAUGACACUCUGCCUGUUGGCGUUGCUGUGGACUACACCAGUAACAUGCCUAUCCCCAUCAGUGAUGACAAGACCCUUGCUCCAGCUCCAGUCCUGAUCUUGCUCUCUACGGAUGGUGUGCUCUGCCCGUUUUACAUGAUCAAUCAAAACCCGGGGGUCAGAUCGCUUAUCGUGACCCCGGAGCCACUGCUGUUAGUAGGGGAGAGAGUUCCAAAGUCAGCAGGAAGCACCGCGACAACUCCAACCACUCCUCCCAGUUCUUUAAAGCCUGACACAGGACCAGGGGUUGCUGCUUCUGCGCCUGCCUCGAGUCAGCCUGCUGCAGGGACGGGAGCAGCUGCUUUUUCCUUUACGCCUUCAGCCGUGAAGAUGCCUGGCUCUACGGGCAGCGAUCCUCCGCCUUACCCCUUUGCCACUGAGGCCUCCACACAAGCCCUGGCUCCCAGUCUGACUGGAGCAGCGACGUUUUCUUUCUCCUCGGCUUCUCCUAAGGCAUCCAUGACUCCUGCUCCUUCUGUAGGCACGACUACAGCUACUGCCACCUCCUUUUCGUUUGGAUCCAUGAACUUUAAACCAGCUGCAGACAGCUCACCUGGGCCACCACUCUCCACGACACCUGUUGCACAGAAGUCAUCUUUUGCCCCUUCACCUUCUUCAGUCAAAGUGAACCUCAAUGAAAAGUUCGCUGCUGUAGACACCUCUACUCCCACUAGCAGCAGUGGUCAGUGCACUUCCACAAUGUUUUCAUUCUCAACCACGUCAAAAACUGCUUCUGGAGGUCCUCUGAGCCAGUCCACGCCCCUCGCAGCCUCUCCUACCACACCACUGAAGGCUUCGUCCCCUGUGUCUGCUGCAGUGGCACGUCCUGCUCAGAAUAUGCCUUCAGCUACUUUAUUGCAGAAGACAGCCAAAAUCACUCCGUCUGCAGCAAAGCCAAGCUCUACUCAGAGCAAAUCAGCACUCCCCAGCACAGCUUUAGAGAAGCAGACCCACCAGUGGAAGGACUCAGACCCUGUCAUAGCAGGAAUCAGAGAGGAGAUUGCCCAUUUUCAAAAGGAGAUGGAGGAACUGAAGGCCCGAACUUCCAAAGCCUGUUUCCAAGUUGGUACUCCAGAAGAAAUGAAGAUGUUGCGAACAGAGUCAGAUGAUCUUCACACCUUCCUCUUGGAAAUUAAAGAGACAACAGAGUCACUUCACGGAGAUAUUAGUAUUCUGAAGACAACCUUGCUGGAGGGAUUUGCAGGGUUAGAAGAGACUAGAGAAGAGAACGGCCAGAAUCGUAGCUCGAGCUAUUUACACUUGCUCUAUAAGAAACCUUUGGAUCCCAAGAGUGAAGCACAGCUUCAGGAAAUUCGACGCUUGCACCAGUACGUGAAGUUUGCUGUUCAGGAUGUGAACGACGUUCUGGAUUUGGAGUGGGACCGGCACCUGGAACAGAAGAGAAAGCAGAAGCGUCUGAUAGUUCCUGAGCGAGAGACUUUGUUCAACACCCUGGCUAAUAACCGGGAAAUAAUCAAUCAGCAGAGGAAGAGACUAAACCAGCUCGUGAACAGCCUGCAGCAGCUCCGACUGUAUAACCAGACGUCCCAGUGGAGUGUUCCCAGUGACGCGUCUUCUCUUAGCAGUGCUCAAAGUUUUGACAGUGACCUUGAAGGCCUGCGCAGUGCCUUGAUGAAAACUACCUUGGAAUCCCGUGUCAAACCCAAACCUGUGCCUAAAGUACCUGCUAAAUUAUCCCCCGUGAAACAGGCACAGUUGAGGAAUUUCCUAGCCAAGAGGAAAACUCCACCAAUUAGGUCAACAGCUCCAGCAAGUUUGUCCCGAUCUGCCUUCUUGUCCACAAGAUAUUACGAAGAUUUGGAUGAAGUCAGUUCAACAUCCUCGGUUUCUCAGUCGCUGGAGAAUGACGACUCGCAGGCAGUGGACCAGGAAGAAGAGGCUGCUCCAGUCCAAGUCCCCCGUCAUGCUCCUGUGGUCCGUACUCCCUCUAUCCAGCCUGGUUUGAUGGCUCAGCCUCCAGCCUUUGGGAAACAGCACCUCUCCCUGGGUUCUUUGCUGCCUACAUCUUCAAACAGAAUUAUACCACAAGGGGCAGACAGUACAAUGCUUGCAACAAAGACUGUGAAACAUGGGGCCCCUGCUCCCACUGUCACUGUUCCAGCACCACAAGCUGCUGCUGCUGCAGCUCUGCGGAGGCAGAUGGCUAACCAGUCCCCAGCUGUAAGCACCUCCUUGACUGAAUCGACUCUGAAAAAUGUUCCUCAGGUGGUGAAUGUGCGGGAACUCAAGACUGGUGCCUUGACUCCAGCUGUCUCUGCGGUAAUAGGAUCAUCUGUACCUCACUCUGCAGCCCAGGCAGUCCACCAAGUUUUGGCAACUGUUGCUACAAAUCAAGCUAAACAGACACCUCUAACAAGCUCGCUUAAGGGGCAGACUCCACCUUCUUCCGUCUGUGCACCCUGUCCUAUAGCAUCUGCAGCUGGUCCAACAUCAUCUGGCAACAAAAUCUCAGGACAAGGGACGGUAAAAACAGUUGCAGCUGUGACUUCUACAGCGACAUCAGUACCAGCAACAACUGCGCAGCUUAACAAAGCGUUCUCGUUUUCUUCUGUGGGGUCUGGGUUUAAUUUUGGUGGUGUCACAUCAGCUGCUUCAUCACCAACGCUGCCCAGCCUCGCUUCCUCACAAGCCCCUGCUAAAGAGUCCACCCAGACUGAUUCAUUUUCGCUUGCUGGGGGUUCCAAAUUUGGAGUAGUCCCUGAGAACUCCUUUGCUUUUGGGUCCCUCAAGCCAGCAAGUGCUCCAGGAGCAUUAGUAGGAAAUAGCUCAUCGGCAGAUGGCACCCAGGCAAACAAACCUGCUGCCACAACAUCUUCUGCUCCCUCCACAGCCUCUGGCAAGUUGGACAUCCCUCCAUCUAAAGCAGGAGAUCACUUGUUUCAGAGCAAUCUAGCUGGGGAAACUCUUGGGAGCUUUUCGGGACUACGGGUUGGUCAAGUAGAUGAUAAUGCCAAGACCACCACUAAAGCACCAUCUACCAGUGCUACAGGAGCACAGUCAACUAAAGUGUCUACAAUACCUUCUGGAUUUACUUUUGGUACUCCCUUGUCAUUAGGAAAAGCUGGAGAAGCUGCUUCAACGUCGGUCACAUCAGCUGGCACGGCAUCCCCGUCCAUCAGCACUAGUGCCACAGGCAGUCUCUUUGGCAAUGUCCAGAUGACCAACACAGGGUCUUCUGGGGUGUUUAAUCUUGGAGGCUCUAGUGGCAACAAACCCACCUUUUCAUUUGGUAUUCAGCAAGCAAACAGCAUGAGCGCAUCCACCUCUACUCCUACUCUCUCUACUUCAACGUCCCUCUCAUUUGGAAGCUUCUUGAGCUCAUCACAAACUGCUGUCUCUGCUGCAACUUCUAAUAAGGGUUCGGGGGAUGCCAAGUUACCGCCUGUGUCAGAAAAGCCACCUGAAAAUGAAGCUGUAGCAGCGGGGUCUUCACCUCCAGUGACACAGUCACCGCAGCCACAGAUACAGCUUUCAGAGCCAUUAAAUGAUUUGAAGGCCCCGGUCCCUCCCGCUGUCUCUGCAUCUGCCCCACCAGAUCAGAAUGUCUCAGCCACAACCUCUACGACAAACACUGUUGCUCCUGCAGAAGCCACAAGUGCGUUGGCUGCUACCUCUGACGUUACUACAUGUGUCCAGAGUCCAGCUGUUGGUGCUUCUGUGUUUGCCCCCACUGCUGCCGGCUCCUCUGUGUUCUCUCAGCCUCCGAGUUCCAGCUCUUCUGCCUCGGCGUUUAGCCAGCCUGCUGGCGAUACAGCUGCCACUCCUUCCACGCCACCUGUUUUUGGGCAACUGCCAGCAGGGACCACAGCAUCCUCUCCAUUUGGGCAGCUCACCACCAGUACCUUGUCCACUGUCACCGCUACCACGCAGGCUGCCAGCUCAGGUUUUGGUACUUCUGCUUUUGGCACCACCACUACCGGGGGCUUUGGUCAGCCCACCUUUGGACAAGCACCAACCUUUGGGCAACCAGCGAGCAGUUCUUCAGGUGGUUUUACUUUUAGCCAGUCUGGAUUUGGGACGAUGCCAGCCUUUGGCCCUUCCACGGCAGCCUCGAGCAGUGGCAAUGUUUUUGGAGUACCGGCUAGCACCAACAGCGCCAGCUCCUUUUCCUUUGGACAGCCAUCUGCCAGCACUGGAGGUGGGUUGUUUGGACAAAGCAGCCCUCCAGUCUUUGGGCAGAACACCGGCUUUGGGCAAGGGGGAUCCGUGUUUGGUAGCGCUGCUGCCGUUACGACCACGACGUCAUCUGCUGGGUUCAGCUUCUGCCAAGCUUCAGGUUUUGGUUCUAGUAACACAGGUUCUGUGUUUGGGCAAGCAGCUAAUACUGGAGGCACUGUCUUUGGCCAGCAGCCAUCUUCUUCCAGUGGAGGCUUGUUUGGAGCUGGAAGUGGUGGGAGAGGUGGAGGCUUCUUCAGUGGUUUGGGAGGAAAGCCAAGUCAGGAUGCGGCCAAUAAGAAUCCCUUCAGUUCCUCCAGUGGAGGAUUUGGAUCUGCAGCUUCCCAGAAUUCUUCCAGCUUAUUUGGAAACAGUGGAGCAAAGACUUUUGGAUUUGGCAGCUCAUCUUUUGGAGAGCAGAAGCCUACGGGCACUUUCAGCUCUGGUGGUGGCAGCGUGGCAUCUCAAGGCUUUGGGUUCUCCAGUCCAAACAAAGCAGGUGGCUUCGGUGCUGCUCCAGUGUUUGGCAGCCCUCCCACUUUCGGGGGAUCCCCUGGGUUCGGAGGGGUGCCAGCAUUCGGUUCAGCCCCAACCUUUUCAAGCCCUCUGGGCUCAACGGGAGGCAAAGUGUUCGGCGAGGGUACAGCAGCAGCCAGCGCUGGAGGAUUUGGGUUUGGUGGUACCAGUAACAACACAGCAUCGUUUGGCACGCUAGCAAAUCAAAAUACCCCGACAUUCGGAUCGCUGUCACAACAGGGUACGGGUUUCGGCACACAAAGCAGUGGAUUCUCAGCUUUUGGGACCGGUGGAGGAGGGUUUGGUUUUGGAUCAUCUAACACAUCUUCCUCUGGAUUUAGCGGAUGGAGAAGCUAGGGAACAUCCUGAACUCCCCUGUAGAACUGUGCCGUAGCUCCUGCAUUCAUGAGUCGCCUACGUGGUCAAUAUCCAAACAGCUUUUCUUUUAAAUACGAGUUCUCGGACUUUUUUUUUUUAAAGAAAAAGAUUUUGCUUAUUUUUAUGCAACACUUGUUCUCGCUCUAUAUUAAACUAUUUUAUCUGCCUUGA